AUGCCCCGACGCCUUACAGUAGCUAGCGAGGUCGCAACAUUGGCCUUUGUUCGUGCUCGUGGCAUUCCCACCCCUCGUGUCCUAGGAUAUUCAGCGCACGAUAACCCUGUCGGCGUCGAGUACAUUUUGAUGGAAAAGCUCCCCGGAAGACCUAUCGGCAAUGCCUGGUUCAGCCUGCCCGAAAAAGAUACGCUCAAAGACCUACACGAAAUGGAAACAUUAGGUUACAAAAAACAAGACCCGGAGGAGCAUUCCAAUUCACAAUUUGAAUAUCUCCAGCUUGCUCCAUACCUUACCCCUAAAAUCCCGAAGCUCAAUCUUCCUAUUCUCCGCCAUCCUGAUAUUCAGCCCAACAACAUCUUUAUCUCUGAAGAUUUUAAGAUCACAGGUCUUAUCGACUGGCAGCACUCUUUGGUUCUUCCAAUGUUUCUUGCUGCUAGUAUACCACAAUCAUUUCAGAGUUACGGAGAUGAGCAGUUCACUCACCUCAUUCCACCGCAACUCCCCAAAGGCAUUAAUACCAUGAAUGCAGAUGAGCAUGCUAUAGCAUGCGAGCAGUUCCGCCGCCGUCAUGUGCACUUUUUCUAUCUGAGGUUCACGCAGAAACUGAAUAAGUCUCACUCAGAGGCCCUUGAAAAGAAAUUUGGUCUCAUAAGACAUCGAUUAUUUGACAAUGCAGGCAAUCCAUGGGAAGGCCUCAAUACCCCAUUGCAAGUAGAUAUCGCGCAGGUAUCACAGGUUUGGUCAAAGAUUGCCGCUGUCCGUUCAGAUGGAAGCCUUCCUGCAUGUCCUGUUGAAAUUAGCGAGCAGGAUGCGCAGAAGAGGGCAGCACUGGGUGAUUUACUGCGAGAUGUGGAUAGUGAACUGGAACAGAUCAAUGGGUUCCUUGGUGUUGGGUCUGAUGGAUGGACAUCAAAUGAAUUAUUUGAACAAUCGAAAGAGAGAGCACGGUUGAUUAAGGCAGAGGGGCUUGCCGCGGUGGACGAUGACCCCUGGCUCAGGCGGAUGACCGAGCAGCAUUGGCCCUUUGAUGACUAUAAUGAAGAUGAGUAA